GUAGUGGAAGCAUGGAGCCUGCAUUUCACAGAGGAGACCUUCUCUUUCUCACAAAUCGUGUUGAAGAUCCAAUCAGAGUGGGAGAGAUUGUUGUGUUCAGGAUCGAGGGAAGAGAAAUUCCCAUUGUACACAGAGUCCUAAAAAUUCAUGAAAAAGAAAACGGCGAUAUUAAGUUCUUGACGAAAGGUGACAAUAAUUCUGUGGAUGACAGAGGCCUUUACAAGCAGGGACAGCACUGGUUGGAGAAGAAAGACGUGGUGGGAAGAGCAAGAGGGUUUGUGCCUUACAUCGGAAUUGUCACAAUUUUGAUGAAUGACUACCCCAAAUUUAAGUAUGCUGUACUGUGUUUACUCGGGCUGUUUGUUUUGGUACACAGAGAAUGAAGAAUUUCAAGAGUAACGCCGUCAGGGAACACGCGUCCCUCUUGUGACCAGUUUUUAUGGUGUUUUUUUGUGAACAUCCUGCACUUGCUCUUGGAGACAAAGGUCAAAUUUCAUUUUCUCUGUUGAAUGACAGCGCAUACACAAGAACUACUGGAAGAAUUUGUAUUUGUUCAUUUUCCAUGUCAUACCAAAUUCAGUUUUUGGUUGAUCCAACUUUACAGCUGUACUUGCACCAUAUGUCAAGAUUUAACUUUCUUAAAGGCUAAAUUUUGUAUUGAAUAAAAAUGUUGAGCCAA